AUGUGUGGUGUUUCGGGCAUCUUGCUAGGCGAUUCGGAAGCCACCUCCGCUGCCAUCGACUUACACGAAUCUUUGUAUUACCUUCAACAUCGUGGACAAGAUGCUGCAGGUAUCGCUGUUUGCCAGGGCGGAAGAGUCGCCCAGUGUAAAGGUCUAGGCAUGGCCAGCAAGGUCUUUGCUGAUGGCAAGCGACUUGAGCAUCUUCCCGGCUACAUGGGCCUGGGCCAUGUUCGCUACCCUACCAUGGGAACCGCUUCUGCAUCUGAAGCUCAGCCAUUCUACGUUAAUGCGCCAUUCGGUAUCUCAAUGAGCGUCAACGGUAACCUCGUCAACACCGAAUACCUUCGCAAGUUCCUCGACGAAGAAGCCCACCGACACGUCAACUCUGAUUCCGACUCAGAGCUCCUCCUCAAUAUCUUCGCACACGGACUUCAGCAGCUCGGCAAGACUCGUGCCAACUCGGAGGAUAUCUUCACUGCCCUGAGCGAUGUGUACGCCAAGUGCCAGGGAGCUUUCGCUUCCACUGCCAUGAUUGCAGGAUUCGGUAUCCUGGCUUUCCGUGAUGCCAACGGCAUUCGACCCCUUGCCAUGGGUUCCCGACCCUCCGCUACCCUUGACGGCGCCAAGGACUACAUGUUUGCUUCUGAGUCCGUUGUCCUCAAGCAGCUCGGUUUCGAAGAUAUUAUCGACAUUCUGCCUGGACAGGCCUGCUUUUUGCAGAAGGGCUGUGCCCCCAAGUUCCGCCAGAUCAUUAACAACCAACCUUACACGCCCGAUUGCUUCGAAUUUGUUUAUGUUGCUCGCCCCGACUCGACCAUGGAUGGUAUCUCCGUCUACCGCAGCCGACAAAACAUGGGAGAGAAGCUGGCCAAGAAGAUCCGAAAGGUCCUUGGAGAGAAGGGAGUUGCGGAGAUCGACGCUGUUAUUCCAGUGCCUGAGACAAGUAAUAUCGCAGCAGCUACUCUUGCUGAGAAGCUCGGCAAGCCAUACGUUACAGCUCUUAUCAAGAACCGAUAUGUUCAACGAACCUUCAUUCUCCCAAACCAAGCUCUUCGAAUGAAGAGUGUCCGUCGCAAGCUUUCACCCAUCGAUUCAGAGUUUAGGGGAAAGAACUUAAUUCUUGUGGACGACAGUGUUGUUCGAGGCACAACAUCACGACAAAUUGUUCAAAUGGCCAGAGACGCUGGAGCUCUUCGUGUCAUCUUCGUCUCAGCCUCCCCUGAGUGCAUACACCCACAUAUUUAUGGCAUUGAUCUUGCGGAUCCUAUUGACCUGGUUGCUCAUGGCCGAACAACGCAACAGAUUGCCGACUAUAUUGGUGCUGACGAGGUCAUUUUCCAAGACCUCGAUGGCCCUGAUGGACUCAAGGCCGCGUGUAUGGAGGCUGCUGAGACCACAAGUAAGGUCGUAGACUUCGAGGUUGGUGUGUUCUGUGGCAAGUACGUCACAGAGGUUCCAGAAGGCUAUUUCGAGCAUCUGAGUGAUCUCCGUAACGGAAAGCGAAAGGCCAAGGCUGCUUUGAUGGAGAUCAAGGCUGGUGGCGAUGAGGGUGGAAACGUGGUCGUCAGCUCUGGGCCUACAAACGGACCCCCCGAGUCUGACGAGCGAGAAGAUAUCAGUAUGCACAAUGUCGCCAGUGAGCAGAUCACAACAUCAUAA